AUGGAAGCCGAGAGCAAGGACAAGCGAUCAGAGGGACACUCCGAGCUGCCCAAGGCAAGGAAAGGAGCGAGGCAUUCGCGAGAAUGCGGCCACAUUUAUUACCUGAUUCAUAAAAGAUCCGCGGACUGUGAGCUAGAGAUGCCCGAUGCCGAAAAAACGGGGAGUGCACUUCUUUGGGUUCCUGGUGCAGGAAUAAAACUUUUUGCCGUAUUUUUUACACUAGGAAAUGUUGCUGCCUUAGCCAGCACUUGCUUUCUUAUGGGACCGGUGAAACAGCUUAAAAAAAUGUUCGAACCAACCAGACUUAUUGCUACAGUAGUUAUGUUGCUUUGUCUAAUUUGUACCUUAUGUGCUGUGUUUUGGUGGCAAAAGAAAGGACUGGCACUUCUCUUCUGCAUCUUGCAGUUCCUUGCAAUGACAUGGUACAGCAUCUCCUACAUUCCAUUUGCAAGGGAUGCCAUUAUUAAAUGCUUUUCCAGCUGUUUGAAUUGAAGUGCAAACACAAGAUUGUUGUUGCAAAAAUGGAUGGACCAUUCUGACACCGCUUUUUUGUGCAAAGCACAAAUAUAUGAUUUCAGUAAACAAGAGUUUUUUUCUAAAUG